AUGGAGCCCGGCGGGGAGCAGGACGGAGCGGCGGCCAACGCCAGCCUCUACGAGCUCGUCCUGCAGGACGGCUCCAACGCCAGCGCGCAGUUCACCGGCGUGCAGCUCGUCCAGUCCUUCAAGCCCCUCAUCAUCCCCUGCUACGCCCUCGUGGUCCUCGUCGGCGUCUUUGGCAACUACCUGCUCCUCUACGUCAUCUGCAAGACCAAGAAGAUGCACAACGUCACCAACUUCUUCAUCGGGAACCUGGCCUUCUCGGACAUGCUGAUGUGUGCCACCUGCGUGCCCUUCACCCUGGCCUACGCCUUCAGCCCCCAGGGCUGGAUCUUUGGCAAGUUCCUCUGCUACUUCGUGUUCCUGAUGCAGCCCAUGACCGUCUACGUGUCCGUCUUCACGCUCACCGCCAUCGCCGUCGACAGGUACUACGCCACCGUGCACCCGCUGAGGAAGCGCAUCUCGGUCACCAGCUGCGUCUACGUGGUCGGGGGCAUCUGGCUGCUCUCCUGCGCGCUGGUGGCGCCGGCCAUCGCCCACACCUACCACGUGGAGUUUCGGAGGGAAGGCUUCGCCAUCUGCGAGGAGUUCUGGAUGGGGAAGGAGCAGCAGCGCCUGGCCUACGCCUACGGCACCCUCAUCAUCACCUACAUCCUGCCCCUCUCGGCCGUCUCCCUCUCCUACAUCUGCAUCACGGUGAAGCUGAAGAACCGCGUGGUGCCCGGGCACCCGACGCAGAGCCAGGCCGAGUUCGACCGGCUGAGGAAGAGGAAGACCUUCCGCCUCAUCGUGCUGGUGGUGGCGGCCUUCGGGGUCUGCUGGCUCCCCAUCCACGUCUUCAACAUCAUCCGGGACGUAGACAUCAACCUCAUCAGCAAGCACUACUUCCUGCUCAUCCAGCUGCUGUGCCACUGGUUCGCCAUGAGCUCGUCCUGCUGCAACCCCUUCCUCUACGCCUGGCUGCACGACCGCUUCCGCUGCGAGCUGCGCAAGAUGUUCACCUUCAAGCAGAAGAUCAUCCCCACCACCAACUGCGUCGCCCUGAGCGUCGUGCUCUGA